AUGUCGGAGUCGAAAAGAGUCAUCCAGUCGCUCCAGUCAGUCCAGACAGACAAGGUGAAAGAAAAGUCCAGCCAGAGUUUCUUGGACUUCUACGAGCACGCCAGCAAAGGAGAGUUAGACAAAGGCAUCGAAAAUUUGGAGCAGAUUAAGAACCAGACCAUCAAGUCAGAAGCGUACUACUGCACCAAGCAUGGACGCAUCAAAGGCGUCCUUACCGUCGGAGACACCUACAUCAUGUACGACCCACUGUAUUGCGAAGAAAACGACAAGUUCGACAAGGAAGUUCUGGGCAGCAAGUUCCAGGCUUGCAUCGACUUCAAGGAUAUCGUCAGCGUCGACGUGAUAAAGCUUCCGAAUGAGACCUCGAUGUACAUUGAAGACGACGAAAACAGAAAGUGAUACCUGUAUGACUACUAUCUUCAGUUUUCAGUAUCAGUUGUGAACGCCAAGACUCUUUCUAAAAUGCUCGGUAACCUGAGUCCAGAUUUUAAGAAAAGGAAGAGAAGGAGGCGUCCAGUAGCCACUGUUUUCUUCAGGUUCUCCCACAGAGACAAAGAUGGGGUAGCUCUUAAGAACAAAGAGCAAAGCACCAUUAUUGAGCUAAUCAAGAAAGACGUAGAGAGCAGGAUGAAACUGGUUCAAGAUGGCCUCGAUGAAAUUGAAGAAACCAAAGAACUUGACUUUUCAAAUAUGAUGCAAUCUACCCAGAGCGAAGAAAGUAAAGACAGUGCAGAAAUACGACCUAAGAGCAAAUACGAAAAUUAUUCAUCAACCACCUACAUUCCUUACUAUGAUGUUAUCAAAAAAGUAAAAACUGAGCUCAAAGAUGACGAAUUCGAGUUAGUGAAUACUGAAGAGCUCACUGAGUCCAAUCAAGUAGGAGACUUCAAAGACGAAGAAUUCAAGAAGCAAAAAGAGCCAGAGAAAAGGCCAGUCACGAUGCCUAAAUGUGAGAGCCACCCUAGGUUCAUGCCAAUAUGCAACGGAGAGUCAACUAUCAUGACAGAUACCCAGAUAAUGGUGAUUGCUAGGCUGCUUCCUCCACUUUUUAGAAUGCGGGAGUGGAUCAAAGUAUUCUCAAUUGACGAAGAUGGUAUCAGUCUGCAGACUUUCUACAAGAAUGCAAAAGGAUACUACAAUAACUUGCUCUUUGUUGAAGACAUUAAAGGACACAAAUUCGGAGCCUACCUCUGAGAAGAAUGGAGUGUGCACAAACAUUUCUACGGCACAGGCGAAAGUUUCCUGUUUACUUUUAACAACAGCGAAGAAGACGUGAAGUUCUUCAAGUGGACUUCAGCUAAUGACCACAUUCAAUACAGUGACGAGUCAUCAAUCGGUGUGGGUGGUGCUGACGGCAAGUUCGCCUUGCAUUUGAGAAAUAACUUCUUGAAUGGAAUGAGCCACAGUUGUAAGACAUUCGAUAAUGAGGUUCUUGCUUCUGAAGAACACUUCCAGUGAAAACACAUGGAGCUAUGGGGAUUUGAAUAUUAA